UAUGCGGCAUGGCCUCAUCUCCAAAAACAGCAAGUGCAAUGGAAGAGACUGCCCUUCUCCAAACGCCCUGCGCCACUCGCAACCUGACCCUAGACACUCGAAGGCGCCAUGUUAAAUCCGCCACCCUCUGGGCUGCCUCGCCCAUCAUGCAUCAAUCCGUCGUCCAUGAUGGCGCAGACCGAUCAGUGCAAAGAUGAACGACGCUUCUACUUCCUCCACCUCCCAGCUGAGAUCAGAACCAUGCUCUACCGUCUGCUGGUGACGUUCUCGCAUCCUCUCGACUCUUGUCGCCAUCGAUCGAGACCUGCCCGCGUGGUCCAGGGCCUAGAAAUACUGAGGACUUGCAAAAUCAUCAACAUUGAGGCUUCGUACGUCUUCUUCACCGAAAACACCAUCUCCUUCACUGUCCGCAACUAUCUAUGCCGGUCUUUCGAAAACAGCGGCUGGCUGGCUCGAGUUCGCCAUCUCAGAAUCCACGUGGUGGUCAGAAACGCCAGUUGCUCGAACACUGUGCGAAAUAUCAAGAACUUCUUUCAUCACAUCAAGCAGAGUGUCACUGAUCUAAGAUCUUUUGAUCUUUUCAUCCGCGACGCAGCAUACAGUCAUCCGGACCGUGCCGAUACAAUCAUCUCUGCACUCAAAGGUUUGAGAGUGCAUGGUCCUGUCCGCGCAGCUCACUUUCGAUGGACUGGCAGCGAAGAAGAAGGAAACGUAGACGACAGCAUGGCUUUGCGUACAAUGCUUAUCGUGGGUUUUGCAGCGAAUGUCACUGAGACCAUCAUCGUCAGAGUUGCCUUUCCCAAAAAUGGAGAACGCAACUUCCGCGAUAUUCCCAAGUAUACGGCUAGCAGCGAUCAGCCGUUUGAGAAGAUUGUGGCUGGCACAGGCUGCCAGAUCUUGCAGACCAUUGUCUUCACCGGCCGUGGAUUUUGAACGAUGAUAAAGUCAGAAUGCGUGACAGUAUCUGAUACUUGACUACGGAGCAUCCUCCCUUCAGGCAAAGACCUUAUAUUUACAGGGUUUUCCGUUCUGUUCUGGGACAUACCAAUGAGGACUUGCCUAGGCAGCAGAAUUCACCAUGCGCCCUUUGCUUUCAACGCUAUAAUUGCCUGUAUCAUUCUUUGCUUGUAGUCUGACGUGACAGCUUAAUAUAGUCCAAAGGUGCUAGAACGGUGUCACUGAACUUCGUGCAGUACUGCUUAAUUACAUAGAGGUUCUAAAUUCGAAAUCGAGC